AUGACGCUUCAAAUCAAAAAUCUCAGUAUUCCACUCAUUGACCUCGAGCCAGCCCGCACAGGAACUCCCGAGCAAGCCGCUCAGGUGGCGCAAGAGGUAUACCUCGCGUUCAAAAACGUCGGCUUCGCCUACAUCAAGAAUCAUGGUAUUCCACAAAGCCUCGUAGAUGGGGCCUUUGAAUGGAGUCAGAAAUUCUUCGAUCUCCCCCAAUCCGACAAAUUGAAGUCUCCUCAUCCUCCUUAUGGCUGGUAUCAACGUGGAUACUCAGGCAUAGGGCGCGAGAAAGUCACCCAAAUGAUCUUCGAUAAAGAAGGACUAGCUGAAAAACGCAAAACACCCGAUGUGAAAGAAACCUAUGAUCUAGGCAAUGAAAAUGAUCCACGCUUGCCGAAUAUUUGGCCUGAAGAAGAUCUGAUUCCUGGAUUCCGGGCCCAUUUCAAUCAAUUCUACGAGGCUUGCGCUGCCACAGAGGAGUUACUUCUUCGGACAAUUGCUCUUGGGAUGGGACUUGAAGAGUCCUUUUUGUUGGAUUAUCAUCAAAACAAGACAAAUCAAUGUCGUCUACUGCAUUAUCCCGCUGUCGAAGAAGAUUUAUUGCGAAGAGGCGAAGCGGAGAGAGUUGCGGCACAUUCAGACUUCGGUACAAUGACGAUUCUAUUUCAGGACCAGGUUGGUGGAUUGGAGGUUGAGGAUAUCCAUGAGAAGGGAGAAUUCAAUCCAGCGCCGUAUAUUCAGGGAACUGCGAUUGUCAACAUUGGUGAUCUCCUGAUGCGUUGGAGCAAUGAUGAGCUGAAGUCGACGUUGCAUCGUGUUCGGGCACCACCUUUGAUGGAUUCGGAUGCACCACGGUCUAAGAUCACACCUGACCGAUAUUCCAUUCCCUAUUUUAUCAGUCCUGAUCGGGAGAAGGUGAUUGAGUGUCUUCCUGGAUGUUAUGGACCGGAUCGGCCGAAGAAGUAUGAGCCGGUGACGACCCAGCAGUAUGUUGACAUGCGCCUGAACGCAAUUUAUUAG